GCGGCAGUAGUUCUGGGGAUUUUGUUUUAGCCGGAUAAGUUGCUGAGGGGCUGCUCCGCGGGCCUAGCCUGGACGCCGACUCCCUGGGACUUAGCCCAGAUCCUCUGGAAGGCAGGCCAUUGAGGGUCCAGAGACGCCCAAGGCCUGGGAGAAGGGUGGGAUAUCAAUGUGGUCGCUACGGGUGUAUACCCGCAAAAAGCGGGCGGGUCAAAGGCUCAAUCUCACCCCGACGCCAGACCUAGGCUCUCCCGCGAAGGCAGAGUCCCCACCAGGUUCGAAGAGAAAAGGCAAGGCGCAUGGGUUGCCUAACAUUGCAGAGAAAACAGAGCGGAGCAGCCGGGGAGGUAGCAGCUCUGGGCCGCCCAGCCCUCGUUUAAGAGUUACAGGAGAGAAAAGCCUACAAGAAAAUAGGUCUAGUGAAGACACCCAGGAUGAGAAGAUUGCACCGUUGAGUGAAUCAGUUACUGAUGCCCUCCAGGUUGAUAGUAGUUCACCAAAUAGCGAACUAGUAUCAGGAUUAAGUUUGCAGCAUGAUAUAGCCAGUUCUCAUCUGAACUAUUCAAUCACAGACUCUUAUACAGAAUAUGAGAGUUUUGAAGAGAACUUCCCAUCACCUGAACUGUUCAGAAAAUCAGAUUAUUUAGAUUGGGAGUGUUCCAAAUUAGAAGAACACAUGCAGUGGAAAAAUUCUACUCUUCUGGAUACCAGUAAAGCAGUAGCAAUAGAGAAGGCACCACAGUUUUCAAAUGUCUCUGCAAUUUUAAGUACCUCUUCAGAAGACUAUCAGAAGUGCCAUAGAAAAACAGUGAUGACAGUAGAAGAUAAAAAUAUUUCUCCAAAAGCAAAGUGUGCUUCAAAUUCAGAAUCAGAUAAUGCAGCUUGUGAGAUUUUGCUUGCUGAGAAAACUUGCCCUUCAACUCCUGAAAAAACAAAGAAAAAAGCAAGUAUUGAUUUGUCUUCAGUGCAAAAAGCAUCUUGUGAAGAACUGUUCCCAAAUGUCAGCAAUUAUGUUAAUUCAAAUGAAAUUGUUCCUAUGUUAAGUUUGCGGGAAAAUUCUUCAAAUGAGUUUCCUGCAAAUACAUCAGAAAUAUGUUGUAUUAUUAGAGCAUCACCAGGAACAAGAAAAGUGAAAAAUAAAGGUGUUAUUGUAAAGAAGAAGAAAUAUUCCUUUCCUAAGGAUAUCCCUCAAGAUAUCAUAAUAAAAAUGGCUUGAAAAAACAGCUGUGGCUGAAUUUUCACUACUUUGAAGAUAGGAAUGUGAAGUCAAAGUCUGUAAAGCAGAAUGUCUGCCUGAAAUUUUAUGAUAUUAAAAAUUCUCUAGUUAUUUGUGAUAUAUCUC